AUGUUCUGGCGUCGACUUCGCCCAGGGGCCCAGGACCUGGCGCCCAAGGGGCUCCCUGGCGACGGAGACUUCCGACGCAGCAGCGACCCGCGGCUGCCCAAGCUGACCCCGCCCGCGCUCCGAGCGGCUCUGGGCGCGCGGGGCUCCGGGGGCUCGAGGAUCCCGGGGGGCGGCGCCGCGUGGUGGCCGGAAGGGGACGCCGAGCCCGGGGUGGGCGUCGGACGCCUCCCGCCGCGCCUGCCCGCCUUGCUCACCGCGACCCGGCGGGCCGUGCGGAAGCGGGGGCUGCUGCGGUCCCUGCUGCCGCCUCCCCAGCUGUCGGCCGGCGCGUCCCGGGAAUCGGUGCCCAGGCAGCCAGGGCCUGGAGAGCGCGAGCGCCCCCGGAGGCGCGUGGUCAGGGAGGACCCCGACUUCUUGGGCGCCUUCCUAGGAGAGCUCCUCCCCAGCAGGUUCCGUGAGUUCCUGCACCAGCUCCAGGAGAAGUGAGCCGAGGAGCCGGAGCCACUGACAACCCCAGCACCGCAACAUCAAAGGGUUGUAUUAGAGCACUGCCCAGGGUCUCUGCGGUGUCCCAACUGUUCAUUCCUCCCAGACCUGUGGGGCCAGUCAUCGCACCUCCAGGAUAGUCUUACCAAGAUUUCGCUCCAGCAGACACCUAUUCUGGGGCCCCUGAAGGGUGAUCACUCACAAUUCACCACUGUCAGAAAGGCCAACCACAGGCCCCAUGGUGCACAGGUCCCCAAGCUCAAGGCUGCGCUGACCCACAACCCCUCGGGGGAAGGCUCUAGGCCCUGCAGGCAGCGUUGCCCUUUCCGGGUGUGAUUCGCUGACGAGACCCUGCAGGACACAAUGCUCCGCUACUGGGAGCGCAGACGCUCAGUCCAACAGAGCGUCAUUGUGAACCAGAAGGCCGCCCUGCCAGUGGCGUCCGAGCGGGUGUUUGGGAGUGUCGGAAAACGGCUGGAGAGUUUGCCCAAAGCCCUGUACCCUGGGGCCAAGGAGGAGACCCUGGCCAGCUCCUCGUGUUGGGACUGCGCUGGCCUGUCCACCCAGAAGACACAGGGCUACCUUUCUGAGGACACCUCCAUGAACAGCAGCCUGCCCUUCUGUUCAUGGAAGAAGGCCGCUUCGCGCCUCUGAGCCUUCUUGGACCCACACAGAAACCUGGAGCAGGAGUCCCUCCUGCCCAACCGGGUGUUGCAGUCGGUCCUGAAGCAAGGCCGCCCUAAGGGGUACCAUCUCCUCCUGGCCUCCGCAACACUGCAGCCAGAUAAGAGGUGAACACUCGCGAACCCAAGGCCAGGGGCACACAUGGGCCAGGCAAUGAGGAGCGUCCUUCCUUGCCCCACAGAUAAAGGCACAUCCCAGGUGGCUGGGACCUGCCAGUAGGUCUCACACCACAA